AUGUUGUCUAUGAGAGCUACAGCAAAAACCAAAGGAAUUAAGCCAAAACACGUGAAGGAUCUCAUACCCCUGAUGAUACUAAUGGUGAUAAUCUUCUUGCUGCUUCUAUUCUGGGAAAAUGAGCUGGAUGAGGAUGCAGUGGCAGCAACUUUAGAGCAGUUGCAUGUGGAUUACCCUCAGAGUGACAUUCCGAUAAGUUUUUACUGCAGAAGAGUUUGCCCUAGAUCUGAGAUGGAGAUCUUCUUUCUGCUACUACUUGGCCUGGGGGUGAUUUUUGCAGGAGUUUCAGAAAGUAUAAUGGAGAUCAUUAAAGAAGAAUUUUUAGAGAAAGAAGUGCAAUAUGACAUGGCAAAAAGUGACCAGGAAAAACAGACCAUUGAGGUAUUAAUAAAUUUGACUGUGUUAUAUAGAAACACCAGCCUCAGCAUGUCCAAAGAUGUGUCUUCCUCAUUAUUGACCUUCAGAAGAUUACAUUAUAGCUUGCCCCCCAAAUGCAAUACAGGUAAUAACAAACAUUAUUGCAACGACAUGACAGUCUGGAGAAAAGUUUCAGAAGCUAAUGGGUCAUUCAAGUUGAGCAAUAACUUCAUCCAUGGCUCCGUGGAAGUGGUUGACGGGGUCCCCAAAGCCCCCAGCUGCAAGUGUGGACAGACUUCAUGCAUAAGCUGCUCUGAGACUCCAGAACUAAGGACCACUACAUGCCAGUUCACUGUGGGCAGACAAUCCCCCAGUUGCCAACACCAUGGUGUUACUUCAUUAAAGAAAAUUUUGGUAGUGCUGACAAGUCAUUCUCUGAUGAGCUGGUUAGUUAGUAUCUCUAACUUGUAA